GGGCACCAUGGAUGAUGCCGCAGUCCUCAAGAAGAAGGGUUACAUCGUGGGCAUCAACCUGGGCAAGGGUUCCUACGCCAAAGUCAAGUCUGCCUACUCUGAGCGCCUCAAGUUCAAUGUGGCAGUCAAGAUCAUUGACCGCAAGAAGACACCCACAGACUUUGUGGAGAGAUUCCUUCCCCGGGAGAUGGAGAUCCUGGCGACCGUUAACCACCGCUCCAUCAUCAAGACCUACGAGAUCUUUGAGACCUCGGAUGGGCGGAUCUACAUUGUCAUGGAGCUCGGGGUCCAGGGUGACCUCCUGGAGUUCAUCAAGUGCCGGGGUGCCCUGCACGAGGACGUGGCUCGCAAGAUGUUCCGCCAGCUCUCCUCAGCUGUCAAGUACUGCCAUGACCUGGAUGUUGUGCACCGUGACCUCAAGUGUGAGAACCUUCUCCUGGACAAAGACUUCAACAUCAAGCUCUCUGACUUUGGCUUCUCCAAGCGCUGCCUGAGGGAUGGCAGCGGACGCAUCAUCCUCAGCAAGACCUUCUGUGGGUCUGCAGCGUAUGCAGCCCCCGAGGUGCUGCAGGGCAUCCCCUACCAGCCCAAGGUGUAUGACAUCUGGAGCCUGGGCGUAAUCCUCUACAUCAUGGUCUGUGGCUCCAUGCCUUACGAUGACUCUGACAUCAAGAAGAUGCUGCGCAUCCAGAAGGAGCACCGUGUGGACUUCCCCCGCUCCAAGAACUUGACAAGUGAGUGCAAGGACCUCAUCUACCGCAUCCUGCAGCCAGACGUCAACAGGCGGCUGCACAUUGAUGAAAUCCUCAGCCACACCUGGCUGCAGCCCCCAAAGCCCAAAGCCCUGUCAUCCAGCUCCUUCAAGAGGGAGGGGGAAGGCAAGUACCGAGCGGAGUGUAAACUGGACACUCGACCGGGCUCACGGCCUGACCACCGGCCAGACCAUAAACUGGGUGCCAAAACCCAGCACUGGCUACUGGGGGUGCCCGAGAAUGAGGACAUCAGGAUGGAGGACAGGCUUGCUGAGACCUCCAGGGCCAAGGAGCACCCCCUCUCUGGAGCCGAGGUGGGGAAAGCCAGCAUCUAG